AAUAGCGCUGGUUUGGUUUACUACUUGCGACACACUCUGCAUACCGCCACAAAAGCUAUGGCGUCGAGAGAGCCUAGCGAACUUCUUUCUGGUAUCUCGCUUGGAAACCUGAGCAUAAGCAGAUAAAUAGUGAACAGUCAGGCUUACUGAAACAGUUACACCGAGUUAGCAGUUAAACCGAGUCAGGAUUUUCAAUAUGAAAAAACUUUCACUGCAUUCUCUGUUGAUGGUUCUUGAAAUUAUUGCAAGUUUCACUGAGACAAACGGGCAAGCUAUAGUGAACAGCGGAUGUACAACUGCGCCGGCAAGAGUUUUAAAAUUGUACAAAGGGUGGCAGUUUCGAGGUGACUGCUCGCUACUCAGUGACUACCUUCCUGUACCUGUACCCCCCUUACCCCCCUUGGGUGGGGGAUUACCCCCACCCCCUAUUAUUGACCCAGUUGUUAACAUAAAGUGCACAGUGCGGGACCAAGCUGGCAGCAUUGUUCAUUCAUAUAAUGGGACAAUUGAUAACUUCGUGCACAAGAACGUCGAUCCCUACGUCAUCGAAAGCGUGACGUCAGACUUUAAUUUGUCGUUUACCGUGAUAUCGGCAGACGGAUGUGCUACCCGGUUAUGGCAGAUCAAAGUGACAGAUUUUGUCCAGCAAAGUUGCCAGGAUUCAAAAUCUACAACGGGUUCUAUUAUCAAUCUGAACAAACCGUGUCACAAUACCCUGCUGCGGUUAACCUGCGACUUGGAACCAACGACGGACAGACCCGUUUUAGUUAAGCCUGAACAACUUAACGUUACGUGGUAUCGGAAUUGUGAGCCCAUAACUAGAGACGAACAGCAGAUACAAGAGGAUAGGCACGGAUUUCGAAUCAACAAUUUGCUACUUUCAACGUAUACGACUUCUGCAUACCACGACUUUGCGGCCGAUUACAGCUGCGCAGUGAUGCAAAACGGGCACACACGGUACAUCAGACAUUUUAAAAUUUGUGUAAAACCUCCUACGGAUGCAAAUCAGAUACCUGUUACCACCGCUGAAGAGCAGGAAGUGACGUCAGACUUGAACAAAAACGUCACACUCACGUGUCAUGGGUCCAUUCCCCCGACAUAUCCAAACACAAGAAUGGGAUUUUAUUGGGAAAAAGUUCUUCAAAAUGGAACACGAGAAAGAUUAUGCGCCCUUUCCCAAACAGUCGGUGGAUCUAGUCAUAACAACUGCACAGAGAUUUCAGGUGCGACAAACUCAAGUUCGGUUUGUGCUAGUGACCCGGGUUUCAAAACACCAAACUGUACUGAUUUUACCCGCGAAAGAUUUACAAUACAAUUACGUAUCUCAAACGUUAUGAGUUCUGAUCUUGGCUCUUAUAUCUGCUAUGCAACGAACACACGCGGGAAGUCAUCAGCAAAUAUCACUUUAAAUGAAACCCUCUCACCACUGCCACCUAACGACGAGUUAAAGAUUAUUCUUGGAGUUGUAGUCGGUCUGGUGAUUGCAAGCGUGCUUUGCAUUCUUAUCGUCAGAUAUUUUAUCACCGAUUUUCAGACAAUUUGGAAAAAAUACUUUGCUUCUUACGAACGAUCCGUUAAGGACCAUGCCGCGUUUUUCUCUUACUCAUUGAGCCAUGACGGAAAUCACGUGAUCAGACAGCUCAAUGAUUGGUUCACCUCGAAAUCGUAUCGUGUUUAUGACGAAAACAAAGAGGACAGUGGAGGUCUUAGAUACACUGGCGCAAAGCAAAAUAUCCAAAUGAGCCAUCGUGUUGUUAUUGUCCUCACCGAUGCUUAUCUAGAUGAUGAAAACGCGUUGUUUCACACACAAACGGCAAUUCUUGAACUUGUACUGAACGACGCUGUGAUUAUAUUUAUCGAGACCCCGAAUAUAUGGAAGCGAAUUAAAAUGGACCCGUCUUUUCGAUCACUUCAGAUGGCUAUGGAACAUCGUCGUAAUCACGUAAUUCGAUGGAAGGGUUCAGACGCGGAAAGUCAGCAUAAGUUUUUCAAGAAGCUCGACAUUGUUAUGCCUAAACUACGAAGAAUGCCAAUCGUGAUACAGAAUGUUGACGUUCGGGUUUGAGACCAACAGAGGUUGGAAAAGAAAAAUAUCUCCUAGUGGCUAUUUUGGUUGAACACUUUGUGUAAGGGUGCGACAUGGCGGUUGAUAGCCCAAUCUGCAGAGUAUGGCUGUUCCUGACAAGAUCUUGCGCGUGCAAGACGGUUAUUUUUCGCAUGCACGCGUGCUAUCAUCAAAAAUCGGCGUGCAAACCACGUACAUUUCCUAGCCACAAUAGGAAAUCCUACUUAAUUUAAUACGUAUUUUUUCAUUGUUUAAUUAACUGGCUUGUGUGGGACAAAUUAUGGCGUGCAUAACCCCAAAAAAGUUUGCUCAUGCACCAUACUCUGCAGACUGGUUGAUAGCCACAGCAGACCAGCGGUCUAACUCUUAUGAGAUGCAAUUCAAAUUAUUCUGUAAGACUUUGAAUCCAUUACCGUACACCGUUGCGAAUUGCUAAAGAAACAGUGUAAAAAUUGUUGCAGAUUUUAAGCCAAAAAUUAGAAUGUUUCGUUUAUUUUUUGUCAUUUGAAUCAAGUGCACUUAUUUCGUUGUUCCAUAAUGUUUUAGUUCUGUUUUUAUGUCCUGUUUAUUUUCAAGUUCCUUUUUAUAAGAAUAAUUAUAAAGCUACCAAAAAUUGAUUUGCCAAAUUACUCUGACAAUCAGUAUUGUAGCAUAAUCUUAAUUCUGACAUCCUUUAUGUUAUUUUUAUGAAUUAGUAUUUGCGCCUUAAAAUUUACAUUGCUUUUUCUAAACCGCUGCGACUGAUUUUGUUUAUAACGUGCUACAGAUGCGUCAAAACUGAAUAAACAUUUUACAAAAAAA